CAUUUCACCAGGAUGUCCAGGAGAUGUGUCUCACUUCUGCUGCUGCUGCUGCUGCUGCUACAGCUGAGUUGCUGCUUCAGCUCUGGGAGUUGUGGGAAGGUGCUGGUGUGGCCUAUGGAAUUCAGUCACUGGAUGAAUAUGAAGACAAUCCUGGAUGCACUUGUCCAGAAAGGUCAUGCAGUAACUGUUCUGAGAUCUUCUGCUUCUGUUCUAAUUGAUCCCAAAAAUGAAUCAGGAAUUAAAUUUGAAACUUUUUACACAUCUUAUACUAAAGGUCAAAUAGAAGCUUUUCUCUUAAAUGGGAUUAGUAAACUUAUAAAUGAUAUGUCAAGAGAUGCAUAUUGGGAAUAUUUCCCACUACUGCAAAAAUUAUUCUUUGAUUAUUCUGAUGUUUAUGAAAGUAUCUGCAAAGACUUGGUUUUGAACAAGAAAAUCAUGACAAAGCUUCAAGAAUCAAGGUUUGAUGUUGUUCUUGCAGACCCAGUUGCUCCCUGUGGUGAGCUGCUGGCUGAGCUACUGAACAGACCCCUUGUGCACAGUCUCCGCUUCACUCCUGGCUACACCUAUGAGAAGUAUAGUGGAGGACUUCUGUUUCCUCCUUCCUAUGUGCCUGUUAUUAUGUCAGAUUUAAGUGGACAAAUGACAUUCAUGGAGAGGGUAAAAAACAUGCUAUGGAUGCUUUAUUUUGACUUUUGUUUCCAGUUAUUUAAUGUGAUGAGGUGGGAUCAGUUUUGCAGUCAAGUUCUAGGAAGACCUGUCAGAUUCUCUGAGCUAGUGGGGAAAGCUGAUAUUUGGCUCAUUCAAAGUUAUUGGGAUUUGGAGUUUCCUCGCCCACUCCUGCCGAAUGUUGAAUUUGUUGGAGGGCUCCACUGCAAACCUGCCCAACCUCUGCCCAAGGAAAUGGAAACCUUUGUGCAGAGCUCUGGAGAAGAAGGAAUUGUGGUGUUUUCUCUGGGGUCCAUGGUCAGUAACAUGACAGAAGAAAGGAACAAUCUGAUCGCAUCAGCCCUUGCCCAGCUUCCACAAAAGGUUCUUUGGAGAUUUGAUGGCAAGAAACCGGAUACCUUAGGACCUAAUACCCGGCUCUAUAAGUGGAUACCUCAGAAUGACCUUCUUGGUCAUCCAAAAACCAAAGCUUUUGUAACUCAUGGUGGAGCCAAUGGCAUCUAUGAGGCCAUCCACCAUGGCAUCCCUAUGGUGGGCCUUCCUUUGUUUGGGGAGCAACAUGAUAACCUUGCCCACAUGAGGGCCAAGGGAGCAGCUGUUAGAUUGGACUGGAAAACAAUGUCAAGUUCAGAUUUGAUCGAUGCCUUGAAGACAGUCAUUCAUGAUCCUUCCUAUAAAGAGAAUGUCAUGAAGUUAUCAAGAAUUCACCAUGAUCAGCCAAUGAAACCCCUGGAUCGAGCAGUCUUCUGGAUUGAGUUUGUCAUGCGCCAUAAGGGAGCCAAACACCUUAGGGUUGCAGCCCACGACCUCACCUGGUUCCAGUACCACUCCUUGGACGUGAUUGGGUUCCUGCUGGCUUGUGUGAUGAUCAUUAUCUACCUUGUUAUAAAAUUUUGCUUGCUUGUUUAUCAACAGCUUGUUAAAACAGGAAAGAAGAGAAAGCAAGAUUAGAGCUGUUACAGACCUAAGGCUAGCAGCCCUGCUAUGUGACAUCAUGCCAUUAGCUCAACCAUUAAUGAUGCAGGUGUGUAAAAACUGUCCUGCAUACAGUUCCUGAUUCCUGGCAUCAUCCUGGUCCAGAUCUGGCUGUUGUGGCCAUCUUGGGGGUGAACCAGUAGAUGGAAGAUAUUUCUCCUUCUUUCAUUUUUGCUUUCAAAUAAAUCUUUUCAAAAUUAUCUUUUUACAAAAUUACCAUAGAGCUGGCACUGUGGCGUGGCAGGUUAAGCUGUUGCCUGCAUCACAAGCAUUCCAUGUGGGUGCUGGUUGGAAUUGUGAUGGCUCCACUUCCUUUCCAGUUCCCUGCUAACAGCCUGGGAAAGAGGUAGAAGAUUGCCCGAGGGGUUGGGCCCCUACCACACAUGUGGGAGACCUGGAAGAAUUUCCUGGCUCCUGGCUUUGGCCUGGCCCAGCCCCAGCCAUUGAGGCCAUCUGGGGAAUGAACCAAUGGACAGAAGAUCUCGCUCUCCUCUCUUUCUGUAACUCUGCCUUUCAAAUAAAUAAAUAAAAUCUGCUUGCAUAUGUAAUAGAUACCAAUUUUUAAAUGCAAUGUAAAUUUAGGCCACGUCUUUUUCUUUCAUUCAAGGUAGAUAUUUGAUUUUUCUCAUACUUAGUUUAUAGUAACAGAUCACCAAUAAAAAUGAUGAAUAUACAACAACAACAAAAAGACUGUCCUGCGCAGUUUAGGAGAUCUGUGCAUUCCAGAUUUAUCCAAAUAUUUAUUCUUAAAAAAGCAUUAAGGAAGUACACCAUUCUAACUUUAGAUAUACUGAAACAAUUCAAUAGUAAUGAUGAUUUCUUAACUGAUUUACUAACUUGAAGAAAGGAGACUCACUGGAGCAUCAGACUGUUCUUUAAGAAGAGUUCUCAAAUUUUGUGUUCAUUUUCAGAAUCAUCUACUUGAACACUAUUCCACCAAGUAGAAUAUAUGUGUACUUGCCAAAGAAAAUAUAGCCAGAUCCUUGGUGUAGGAGGCAAGACAGAUUGUAUCCUGACAUCUUUUAAUUGGAAGAAUGACUCCAUGAUAAGCUGUACUCAAGUUCAACUAGGACAAGUGUGACAGAUUUUCAAAAGGAGAGACAGAGAGGGAGAGAGAAAGAGAGAGAGAGAGAGAGGAAAUACAGUAGUAAGGAAGGUGAACCAAAAGAAGCUACACAAAUUUAUGGAAAUAGAAGAUUACAGAAAAUGAAGUGGAAAAUUACUAGAAGUAGUUUGGUAAGGUGCACCAGACAAUGUAGAGUUUACAAUUUAGCAAGAUUGAGUUUUCUUGAACAAAGAGUCAGCACAUAUUCUAGACUUAGCUUUAAAGAUCUAACUCAUAGGGCCAGCACUUUGGUGUAGUGAGUUAAUUCUCUGCUUACAGCGCCAACAUCUCAUUUGGGCACCAGUUCUAGUCCCGCUGCUCCUCUUCCAAUCCAGGCUCCUGGCUUUAGAUAGGCUCAGCUCCCACUGUUGUG